AUGAAGGAGCAAUCUGCAGCAGAAAAGGAACUAUCAAUCUUAAUCAACAAUGAUGAUGAGGAGCUUAAUCACAUAUUCAACGAGGAUAAAUCAUCAUCUCCACUUCAAAGAAACAACCAAGAACUAGAAGGGCCCAAGAUACCAAAGGUUCCAGACAUGCUUCGCAAACUUAAAACAAAUGAAGGUUGCUUUGAUCCUCGUGUGGUUUCCAUUGGUCCUUAUCACCAUGGGAACCCUGAGCUCCAAGAAGUUGAGAAACUCAAGACCAAACUGGCAAAGCAAUAUUGCGGUAAUCCUUCUGCGGCUGCAGAGUUAUACAGGAGAGUCAAAGAGGUGGCCGGUGAAGCAAGAGGAUUCUAUGAUAUGGAAGGACUCGAUAUUGACGAUAAAGCAUUCACAAAAAUUAUGUUUCUUGACGGUUGCUUCAUUCUAGUGUUCAUCACGUGCUUGGUGGGGGAAGCAGAGUAUCAUGCUAUGGGGAUGAAAAAUAAUGUGAUAGCUAAUGUCAAGCGAGACUUGUUCUUGUUAGAGAACCAACUCCCUUACAUUGUCCUCAAGGCGUUGAUGGAUAAACGACAGUACUGGAAGAUGAUGAUUGAAAUAUUCAUUACCAUCUGCCGAAGACUUCCUCCUCCUGUAUUAGCCGUACCAUGGUGGUCAUCAACGAGGGAUAAAUCUCCUCUUCAUCUCCUAGACAUGACAAGGACAAGAUUUGUGAACCAGAGUGCUACCAACCAAGGCAGAAAAAGUAGUCAAAUAUUAUUAGAGACAGAUGCAAAGCAAUUUGAUAGAAGCAGGUCCAUUCUGAUAUGGUCCAAUGACUGGUACUCUUACCAUUCGGCCAGGGUACUCCAGUCUAUGGGAAUUUGGUUCAAACCCAACAAAACAGGUAGUUUUAGCGACGUCAAGUUCGAAUCUCAGCUGGUCAGGGGAGUGCUCACACUUCCUCCAAUACUCAUAGAUGCCUCCACCAAAUCCGUGCUGCUCAACUUGUUGGCUUUUGAAUCAAGCCAUAACAACUUGGCCGACAUGCAGGGUGUCACCUCUUAUAUGUGCUUCAUGGACUCACUCAUUGACCAUGCUGAAGAUGUUAUGAUCCUCAGAUCCCAGAACGUCAUUGUCAAUUGCUUGGGAACUGACCAACAGGUUGCAGAUCUCUUCAAUGACAUAGCAAGCAAUUUGGUCCCAAACCCUCAUACUUAUGCUGAAGCUAAGCGUGGAAUUCAAAAGCACUGCAACAACCAGUUCAAGAAAUGGAUGGCAGAAUGUCUCCACACCCAUUUCAGAAGCCCUUGGACGCUUCUUGCAUUAGGUGGUGCCAUUUUUGUCAUCAUGCUUACUGCGGCUCAGACUUAUCUUGCAGCAAGGCCGCCCAAAACAUUGAAUGAUUAA